GGUGCCCACACGCAUUUACACAUAUACCUAUAUAAAAGUGUCAUCGUGCCAUUCUCCCAGAUAGUUGGGCGCUGUGCAUCGAACGAACAUGAUCGAGUUUCUGGUACUGUUCCUUGGCGUUUAUGGGACAUUGGCAGUCCCUCAUUUGCCUCACGUGAGUCAUGAUCCUCAUCUGGACAAUAAUGCGGAAGUGGUCUACGGACAGUUUCCCGGUACCGAGAAUCUAAACGAAAAGGCGCUUCCAAUAUCCCGCCUAUUCGCUACGAAAACGAAUAAUCUGCCGGCGAGAAAUAAUCUAGCAGAGAGAUCUCAAGUACCUCAACAACUUCCUGGGACGGCAAAUCUAGCGGAAAAGCGAAUCCCUGAUAUCAUCCUGAAAAGAUUGUCGCAAGUGCUUGAUGUCAAAUAAAAAGAAGCAAAUUAUAGUUUAUGAUAUAAUAAGAAACAAAUUGUGGUUUAUAAUAUAAUACUUUUGUUCGUGCAAUAAUAUUUAAAAUAUAUUUCAUUGACAUCAUCAUUAAUAAUAAUCUGGAUAAUUCAUGUAAAUUGCAUGAAUCUUUUUAUUUAAUUAAAAAAGAUUGAAGCGCAUUCCUCUAUUAUUUAUAAUUUUUAUUGUAUUAAAAAUAAGGAUCCUUCUAAAAAUGGUAUAAGUGAUUACAACGUGUAUAUGAUCUCAUGACAAGUAUAUUAUCAUAUUAAUAACGAAAACGUUUAAAUUAUCUUUUAAUAUAAUAUAAAUUAUUGAAUUGAAGAGUUAAUAUAUUAUACUAAUUAUAUUGAUUAUACAAUUUUUAAUAUUCUACUAAAAUUAACAUUGAAGGAUUGAUCAAUCAUUUUGAAAGAUUUAUUAAUUGUAAAUAAACCCAAACAAUUUCGCAAUAAUUACAAUUUUGUAUUAUAAAUGACAUCAAAAAAUUUAAUAUACUUACUAUAUACGGUAAAUUAUUAUACAAUCUACUGCAAAGUAAAUAAGGUGGGAGUACGUCAUAACAACGUAAUUAUAAGUGAUAAAACGAUUUGUGGAUAAAACCGCAAGAGAAAACGUGCAAUU